GAUGAAUUCGAAUAUGAAAGAUCUGUCUGGCUCUGUGGACCUAUCAGUGGGAAAAAUCCUGGAAUAUCACACUAAGAUAUUAAAAGCAAUGUGUCCGGCCAAAGAUGCCGACCAUAAAGAACAAAUGGGAUAUUAUAAUUACUAUUGCCAUUAUUACUUCACAGAAGAGGAAGAGCAUAAGCUAGAUUCCUGGAAAAGCUCAAUUGAGUCAGUGUAUUGGAACAUGACGAAGAGAAUAGUUAUGACAAUGGAUGAACUCUUAAAGAUAAUCGUACUUGAUGAAGCUAAUAUGAAAUCUGUCAGCAAAAUCAUAGGAAUUCUUGAAGAGAAGAAACAUCUAGUUAGAGCAUCCAAAAUAUUCAGUGGAAAAUAUUACAUCAAGGAAAAAUAAGAAGAAAGGCUUCUGGGGCUCAUCCAUUUUCAGAAAGGCUAAAGAAAUGUUUGUUAAAGAAGAGGAAGAAGAAAAACAUGAAUUAGUAGAAGAAACUAAGAAUCAUGUUGUUUGCAUUAGUGCUCUUGAAUACUUCACCAAGGAAAUGUUAAAUCAUGUUGCUGUAGAAGAGCUAGUCCCGAUAAUGACUCACAAGAAAUUUCAUGAUUUAUGAGUGGAAAGGUUUCACCUAAAUGUCAUCGAGAAGGGUCUUUUAGAAAAGCAUUUGCUCAAAACUGGAAAUAUCAAAUACUCAAAAGCAACUAUAACAUUUGAUAAAGGAAAUUAUUACAAGGAAUAUCGCGUUAUGCGAUUUCUGAAUCUCCACGAGCUUAGGGUGAAUAAAGCAAGUAACAAAUCAGAAGUAUCUAAUAAAAUCACCGAGUUUCAAGUGAUGUUAUUUGAAUUAGAACUGAAUCACACAGAAUUGAAAUAAUAACCUUGUCCAAGUUGAAGGGAGGAAGGAGUUUGUCGAAAAUAGUAUCAAAGUCACACUCCAAGAAUGAGAGCCCCCAGUCAAGGAUGAGCUGAAGGAUAAAGUCAAAUUAGAAAUCAAGAAGCUUAAACUAUUUGAUCAUAUUUGGAUGAAACUCAGUCAGUGAAUUGAGCUGAUCAAUGAGGAGUUUCCGAGAAUCAAGACUUAUAGAGAGAACAUCCCUGACGAAACAAUCAAGAUGUUUGUGGUAGAGACCAGGAAAGAUCUCAGGAACCUCGAGACCUCCAUGGAAUAUGUUGAAGCAACUGAUCUAGACGAUGUACCCAGAGAAAGGAUCCCAAAAUGGUUUGAAGAUGCAGAGGAAACGGAAGAAAUUGACCUUGAGCGUGAAUUUUACAGCUACUUCAACGAAAUCUCUGUAGAUGAUGGUUUAGAGCAAUAUGACAGUAUUAUUGAUAAACUUAGACUUGAUGUCAGGUGACACACCCAAAGUUUCUUUCAAGAGUCAAAGGGACUUGAUGACUCCUUCAUUCAUACUUAUGUUAAUAAUGGGCGCAAUAUGAACAUUCUUGACAGAAUCAAACAGUUUGGAGAUGAAGGGAAAAUCUAUAGAGGAUCCAUGGUGAUUAACAAUGAAGCUGAAGAAAGCGAUGAGUCUGAACUCGAUCUGGAAGAGAUAUUCAAAGAACCGUUGUAGAGAGUCA